AGCUUCCACCUCAGGUCCCAAUUAUGUUCCCUCCUGGUGAUCAUGCAGAAGGAGGAGAUGAAAAUCAACCUCACGCCUCAGCUCACAACUCAACUUCCACUACCAACCAAGACGUGGUGACAGCUCAGCUUACUGCCAUGCAGCAGCAGUUUGGUGUUUUUCAGUUGGUACUGGCUCAGCUUCUAGCUAGAAGUAAUCCUGCUCAAUCCCACAUUGCACCCGCUCAACAACCCAUCCCUGAUGAUGUUACUCGCCGCCUUGAUAGCCUGGAGAAGCUAGUAGCCGAACACCGAGGUGCUCCACCCCCACAACAUAUUACUAAUUCCAUACCUCACCCCCUGAAUACCAACAUCACACUGGAACCCUAUCCUACUGGCUUCAAAAUACCACAGUUGGAGACUUAUGAUGGGACGAAGGAUCCCGAUGACCACCUGCACGCCUUUUACUCUUGCAUGCAAGCUCAGAACGCCUCUGAUGCGUUAAUGUGCAAAAUUUUCCCCUCUACUCUGCGAGAAAUGGCAUCUGCCUUUGCCACUAAGUUUUCCAGUAGAAGGUUGAUUAGGAAAACUACUUCUGAGUUGAUGAGAGUUAAACAGAGGGAUGAAGAAUCUCUGAAGAACUACAUGAGCAGGUUUAAUGAUGCAGUUUUGGAGGUUAGUUCUUUUGAUCAAGCUGUGGGAAUUGCAGCAGUGAUCGCUGGUCUCAAGCAUGACAGAUUCAGAGACAGUUUGAUCAAACAUGCUGCCACCACUUUUAGCGAGGUGAAUGAUCGGUCUCUUAAAUUCAUAACUGCUGAGGAAUACGCCCUGGCGCAAAAUCCACCUUCCUCUAAGAACCAGAACCCAGAAUGGAGGGAUGACAACCCGAGCCGGAAAAGGAUGAGAAUGGCGCAGAACCGAGGUCCGGUGUUGACCUCCCCACCGAGAUUCGGAAGGCCGAACUCAACACCCCAGCAACAGUCUACAGGUAAACCUCCAGUUAAUUGGACUCCAUUUAAUAUGCCGAGGUCUCAAAUUUUUAUGCAGAUCAAAAAUAAGAUGGACUUGAGACGUCCUGGCCCAAUGCGAACUGCUGCUGCUAGUCGAGACCAUACCCGAUAUUGUGAUUUUCACCAGGAUCACGGCCAUACUACAGAGCAGUGUAACAGUUUAAAAUCCGAACUGGAAAGUUUAGCUCAGAAGGGAAUGCUGAAUGAGUAUGUACAGCGAGCUGAACAACCGAGUUUUGUCAGAGAACAGAGGCCGCAGCCUCAAGGAGUCCGCGAUCCCCCAAAUAGGCAAGGUGUGGGUUAUCAACAAACCCCACCCCCAUUCCCACCACCAGCUAGAAUCAUACAUAUGAUUACGAGAGGCCUUGAAGCAGGUGGACUGAGCUCUAAGCAGCGAAAGCUGUAUGUUAGGGAGGUUAAACAUCAAAACCGAGCUCAGAAGCGGAAGAUUGACUAUGCUGAAUGGAAGAAUCAACCAAUUACUUUCACAUCUGCUGAUCUCGGUACAGUUGUUACACCCCACAACGAUCCUUUGGUCACUUCUGUCAUGAUUAACAACUGUGAAGUACAGCGUGUCCUUGUUGACACCGGGAGUGCACCAAACAUCAUGUAUUUCCACUGUUUCGAGAGUCUGGGACUAGAUCCCGCAUUGUUGCAGAAGCAUGAUGGUCCUAUCUAUGGUUUCAACAACCAACCUGUUCCAGUAGAAGGAGUCCUUACCCUCCAUGUGGCUUUUGGGAGUGGUCGGACCUAUGUAGCCCCUUCAGUCCGGUUCCUCGUCGUCAAGAUGGCCUCUUCUUUCAACAUUGUUAUUGGCCGACCCACAUUGACCAACAUCCGAGCCGUGGUUUCCCAAUCUCAUCUUUGCAUGAAAUUCCCCACUCCUAUGGGAAUAGCAACACUGCGAGGAAAUCAGGAGGUGGACAGACACUGUUAUAUCACCUCGGUAACCCAACCAACGAAGGGUAAAGAUAAGACACCCGAAGUUAUUCCCUAGUGAAUUCCCGAUAAUCAGCAGGUU